AAUUUUAACUUAAGCAGACAUAUUCAAAGUUUUCUCAAGCAAAAAUUCAAAGUAGUUCCAUUAUAGUGUUGCUACCCUUUCAUUCUAAUUUUUAGUGAUUCUUUGAUCACUAAAAUGUGUCCAAAUAAUAGCGGAAACCCAAGGUCAACUCCAUCGAAAGCACCACCAGCAGUGGCUGAGCUGCCACCAUAUCCCCCUCAACCGAUACCUAAUUUUGCUCCUACGGCUCCGGUUGUGAGCAAACCAAGUGACUGGUCCACCGGCCUCUGUAGCUGCUGUGAAGAUAUCUCCAGCUGUAUCACUACCUGCUGCUGUCCUUGCAUCACAUUUGGCCAAAAUGCCGAGAUCAUAGACAGAGGAACCACAAGUUGUGUUGGAGCAGGCCUGGUCUACUAUUUGCUAGCUCACGCUUGCUGUUCGUGCUUGUACACAUGCACGUAUCGAAAGAAAUUGAGAAGCCUCUUCGGGUUGAAAGAGGAGCCUUGUGCUGAUUUCUUCGUUCACUGUUGUUGCCACUUCUGCGCCAUUUGCCAAGAGUACAGGGAGCUUCAAAGUCAGGGCUUCGACCCUUCCGUAGGGUGGCUUGCCAAUGUUGACAGGUGGAACCGAGGUGGAGCCAUGGCGCCUCCGACUUUUGCCACCGGUAUGGCUCGUUAGACCUGAGUGCUUGCCUGUUGGACUUUCGGAUUUCUAUCUUUUGUGUAUUAGCUUUAAAUUCAGAUACUGAAAUAAAAAAACAAAAGAAGGAAAAUAAAUAAUUGUAAUGUCAGGGAAAGGGAAAUUAAUUUCUAUUCACUAUAACUUUCUGUAAAUUAAGAUAUACCGUAAUUGACAUAUGUACAUGCU